GUAGAUUAUAGGGAUCUCAACAAAAUAAUGGGUCGGACUCUCUCUCGAUCUUUUUUUUGCAGGGUUUAGGGUUUCGAUAGAUUGGAAUCUACGAACCUUUAGGCUUCCUGCAGCAUUGGGCCAUCAUUUCCUCUGUAUAAGAAAGAUACAUCCUUUGAUUAGCUUUGCAGGUUAAAGAGACUUUGAAACGAUGUCAGGAUUUCCAGGUUUGAGUUUCCUAGGCCCAAAAAGCAAAAACGCGGUUGUAGCGGGAGGCUUGACAGCGUUUGUUUUUGGGGUCUAUUUCUACACGAUGAAGGCUGUUGGUGGUACAGACGAGCUUCAGAUGGCUAUAGACAAGUUUGAAGACCAGAAACAAGUCGAGACCAACCCCAAGGUUCCAUCAAAAGUCUGAUCUUCGGAGGCUUUGAUAUGUCCAACGAUAAGUUUAUCUUUGUCUUCCAAGUUGUUGCUUUACGGCUCGUUUCUGACAUCAUUUUAGCAUCAGUGUUUGAGUCUCAAGUCGAAUCCUUAAUACAAUGGUAAAAUAAGAGAAUGGACUUCGUUUUGAUGUUCUUGACUUUGUACCUAAACGUCUGUUAUAAAGUUUGGUUAUCCAAGAGAGUUUUUUUGCCUGGGUAAGAAGAUGCAGGUGGUUGGCUAUUUGGACCAAAAAAAAAGUAUUAUGUUGUUCAUUCUGAAAUCACGGUCUUAUCUUAUCAAACAUUUUACAAAUAUAGCUACGGGAAUACAAAAUGUAUAUUC